CAGAAAGUGGCUGUCACUUCCUGAUGGUGACUCGAGACCAGAAACUGGGCAGGGUUGAGAACUGAAAAUCCGAGCACGCCUGUCCCUGUGUACUCCGGAGUCGAGAGGUCGCUCCGACGACGCCAGGGACCGAGGGGCGCCCUCGGAAGAGGCUCCGGUCGCCAUGAGCCCCCAGUUGCUGUCCCUGCUCUGCUUUGGGCUGUGCGUCGGCCAAAAAGACAUAAGCAGAGAUGGCUCACUGCCCAGGCCCUCCCUCAGCGCCUGGCCCAGCUCCGUGGUCCCCGCCGGGAGCAACGUGACCCUGCAGUGCCAGGCUCCGACCAGAGAAGUCAAAUUUGUUCUCAGAAAGGGAGAGAAAGUGUCUCAGUUCUCCCCGUCGUCGGAGGUCCCGGAGGGCCUGGCUGCGUUCCAGCUCGCCCAUGUAGACACCUGUCAUGCCGGGGAGUACAGCUGCGAGUACUACACUCAGGCGUUCCCCCACAGGACGUCCCCGCUCAGCGACACCCUCCUGCUGCUGGUCACAGAGAGGCGUGUACCUAGACGGAGGAGCGCGGGGCGGGACCGGGUGCUCUUCUCCCUGCAGGGCGCGGCAGCCACCCUGGCCGGGAACUACAGCUGCGUGUUCCACCAGGCGGGGCCUCCCUUCCAGGCCUCGGAGCCCAGUGACCGCCUCGAGAUCUCGGUGACAGGUCCCAGGCCGGGCGAUUACAGCAAGUUCAACCUCAUCCGGCUGGCUCUGGGGGCCCUCACCAUGGUGACUAUGGGGGCCGCCCUGGCUGAAGCCUGCCGAGCCAGAAGGCGCCCCGCGAGCAUCCAGGGAAGGGCCACGUCAGGGUGACAGGGCUCUCUCCACACCUCCCCCGGGGUCUGGACGCCUGUUCCGCAGGGUGCGCCUGGCGGGCUAUCUUCACCGUGCUGCAUCUGCUCUGCGUUUCCAUCUGUCCGUGCCCAGCUCGCAGCAGGUGCUGGGGGAACACGGGCUCUUCCGGGGCUGCUCCGCGCUUCUCAGGCCCUGGAGUGUUCCUGUCCCUCCCGCAGUCAGGGCCUCUCAGGGCUCGCUGAGGUCAGGCUCUGGCUGCUCUCUGGCCGGGGCUGGUGGAAGCCCAGAGCCUCUGGGUCCCCAGGCCAUCGGCACCCCAUGAACCCGCGUUUCCCCACACAGUCUCACCACAGUCUCCAUCUGGCCCUGCGUCAACGGCUUUAGUGACGUUCCCAUUUCCUAAUGUGGGUCUAUCCGUGCGUAUUUUAUUUUAUUUUAUUUUUGUUUGUUUUGUUUUAAUUGCCCAAGGGCAUGUGUGCUCACCAGAGAGAGUCAGAGGUAGCCCCCCCAACGGGCUUGGUCACACCGCAAUCCUUUUCCCACACACUCCUACAGCCCGUUGGGGUUUGGGGCGCACGCGCGUGCCUGCUGUGUUUCUGACGCCUUCGGGACCGGGAUUUGGACUGUGGUGCGCCCAUGGGGUCUGGUCCGUAGCCACGAGGCUGCCGGCCGGUCCUGUCCGUGUUUAUUUUAGACUUUUCCUUUGCAGUCCGAGUCCAGUUUUCAGUCGUUUAUUCUGAAUUCACUUUAGAUUUAUAGAAAGUUGGAAAAGCAGCAGAAAGAACCCCUCGUACCCCUCACCUGGUCCCCCCAGCUGACGUUCCACGUGACGUACCCAACACCGAGCGCAGGACGUCAGGGCUGCUCGGCGCUGCGGGGUAACACGGGUGUCGUCGACGCAGGCCCACACGGGAGGGUCACUGGUCCAUGUCUGGAGGCCCCCUGUGCCGGGCACUCACACGCUUGUGGUCGGGGGACUCGGGGGACUGCGGCUGUGGGAUCCCAUCGGAGGUGCCGUCUGUCUGUCUCAUUCCUUUGCUUCCUCUCAGUGUCUCGCAUUCAUGGAAUAAAUACACUUUAAAAAGUACCCUCUGGGGGACACUGUGGCAUGGUGUGAUGUGUGCAUAGUUGUCACCUGUCAUGGGACUCGUGUCAUGGCAAACACAGCCCACACGCAGGACUGCUCAGGACCACCGCAACCACGCUCGGGCUAAGCCUUGACGGUCACACGCUCCUCUCCCGCCCCUCUCCAGAACUCUGUGGUUUUGAGAAUGCUCUGGAAAUGGGAUGAGACAAAACGGGAGGUCUUGCUGUUGGGCUUGUUUUUCACUCUCGAGUCCCUUGAGAGCUACCCAGGUUCUCGGAUUAUCAAUAGCUUGUUGCAUUUUGCCCUGAACUGUGUUCCCUCGCAUUUAUCAGACAUGCGUAGUGCACACCCGUGUCUAUCAUAGUUUAGUUAUUUCUCUGUAUAAUGAUAUUUUGCAUGUUUUCAGGUUUGGCUAUGAUAAAUA